AACGGAGAGAACGAACGGUGACAGUCAGUGAUGAAGAUGAAGAUGAAGGCUCUUCAGCGCGGUCAUGUGACUUCUCGUGGAGGAUGGUUAGUCAGCCUUCAGCUCAGUUGUGGUGGUCAAGAGGUCUGAGGUGACACAAAGGAUCAUGGGAGAUGGAGGACCACUGCAGACCGAGGGAAACGCCCUCCUCAAAGCUGUCUUCCAGGGAAAGUUGAGACUCGCCCGCCUCCUGCUGGAGGGCGGGGCCUACAUCAAUGAGGGCAAUGAACGUGGAGAGACCCCCAUCUCCGCCGCCUGCCUGGCGAGCUAUGACGACCCACAGACCCGGCAGAGAAUGGUCCGAUAUCUGCUGGAGAAAGGGGCUGACCCAAACAUCCCCGAUAAGAGUGGACGGACUGCACUGAUGCACGCCUGUGCCGAGCAGGCCGGAAAGGAGGUGGUGACUCUGCUGCUGGAGAACGGAGCCGAUCCAAGCCUCAAAGACUACUCUGGCUCCUCCGCCCUCGUUCACGCCAUCAACAGGGGGGACCGGGAAACACUGCAGGUCCUGCUGGACGCCUGUAAGGCCAAAGGCAAGGAGGUGAUCAUCAUCACUACUGACACGUCUCCAUCGGGAACCAAGAUGACCAAGCAGUACCUCAAUGCUCCACCCUCUCCAGGUGUUGUGGACAAGCUGUCUCCUGCCUGCAUGUCUCCCUCUGAGGUGGAGAUUGGCACAUCCUCACCAGCAGGGGGCCAGAGUGACGAGGGAAUCUUCAGUUUUGCACUCACCUCAGCUUUACCAUUACCUUCAGCUCGACCUCCAGGUGAAAAGAGACCACCACCUCGCAAGCUACUGAAGAGGCUGAACUCUGAGCCCUGGGGCCUGGUGGCGCCCUCUGUGCUGAGCGGUGUUCCUCAGGACCGCAUUGAAAAAGGUCUAGAGGAGGAGAGUGUUGUCAGCAAGGUGGUCACUGAGAUUAAUGGCCUCUCCAUCACAGAACCAGUCAGACCUCUUCUGUCACGGCGACAUAGCAUCGAGACCCAUGACCCUUGCUCCCCCAAACUCAUUGACCGGUCCUGCUCUGAGGACUGUGGUGCCCUUUCUAGCUCCUGGGCUGACAAAUUCCAACAGCACCAGAUCCUAUACCGCAGGAACACAGCCCCGGAGUCCCAGGAGAACUCUGGUGCAGUUGUGGCUCGGGCCCUAGCUUAUCCCAAACUGACCCGGAUGGAGCACUAUGAGUCUGACACCCACCUUUGCCCAGAGUCCAUCCCUGGAUCUCCGGACUCUGGUCGUGUGUCGGUGGAACGGAGGCGGUAUAAUGCCUCCCCAUUGUCUCUGGUCACCAGCUCUUCCAGGGAGUCCCUGGAGAACAUCCCCAACUCUUUGUCCCCUAUUGCCAUUCGCCGGCGUCCCCCUGGGCUUCUCGAGCGAAGAGGGUCUGGGACUCUUCUGCUGGACCACAUCUCCCACACCAGACCAGGCUUUCUGCCACCACUCAACAUCAACCCACAGAGACCCAUCCCUGACAUCCGGGCCAACGGUAGGCCCAGCUCCCCGGUGCAUGUUGGACACAAGAUGCUGGUCCCAGUGGCGCCGGCAUCGCCAAAGCGUAGCCUGGACUUCAAGGUGAAGAAGAAGUUGUUGAGGAGACACUCGAUGCAGACGGAACAGAUGAAACAGCUCUCCACCUUCCAGGAGAUCCUUGCUGAGAAGGUUGUCGAGUCCAAUGGAGACUGAUGAGCAAGGCAUGAUGGGUAGCCGGAUCAGCACCUGACUGACACAUUUAAAACCUCUUCCAUAUCUAUUCGGAUGCUUGCACCUUCAGUCUGAGUUUAGUUAAACCAGACAUCUUGUGUUUAAAUUUCAAAAUAGUAAAUGGGAUAGUUUUUUUUUUUUGA